AUGGUCAACAUCACGGAGAAGAUCAAGGAGAUUGAGUCGGAGAUGGCGAGGACGCAGAAGAACAAGGCAACCGAAUACCAUCUUGGUCUACUUAAAGGAAAGCUUGCUCGACUUCGCGCUCAGCUUCUUGAGCCUACAGGCGGCGCCGGUGCUGGCGGUGGUGAAGGUUUCGAUGUCAGCAAGAGCGGAGAUGCCCGUAUAGCGCUGGUCGGCUUUCCUUCCGUCGGAAAGUCAACCUUCCUGUCCAAGAUCACCAAGACGAAGAGCGAGGUUGCUGCCUAUGCUUUCACCACCUUGACUGCGAUUCCCGGUGUGCUGGAGUAUGGCGGCGCUGAGAUUCAAAUUCUCGAUUUGCCUGGUAUUAUUGAGGGAGCCGCCGAGGGCAAGGGCCGUGGACGUCAAGUCAUUUCCGCCGCUAAGACGAGUGAUAUGAUUCUGAUGGUGCUCGACGCGACAAAGCGGGCUGAACAGCGCGCACUGCUGGAGGCAGAGUUGGAAGCAGUCGGAAUCAGACUCAACAGGGAUCCUCCGAACAUCUAUCUGAAGCAGAAGAAGGCAGGAGGCAUGAAGAUUACCUUCCAGACUCCACCCAAGAACAUUGACGAGAAGAUGGUCGGCAACAUCCUUCGUGACUACAAGAUGCUCAACUGCGAGGUCCUUGUUCGCGACGAGUACGCUACUGUCGACGAUUUCAUCGACGUAAUCAUGAAGGACCACAGAAAAUAUAUCAGAUGCCUCUACGUCUACAACAAAAUCGACAGCGUUAGCUUGGACUUCCUCGACAAGCUGGCAAGAGAGCCGCACACGGCGGUCAUGAGCUGCGAGCUCGAUCUGGGAAUUCAAGACGUCGUUGACCGGUGCUGGAAGGAGCUGAGACUGAUCCGUAUCUACACCAAGAGGAAAGGAGUGGAUCCCGACUUUGGCGAGGCUCUCAUCGUCCGCUCCGGUGCAACCAUCGAAGACGUUUGUGACCAGAUCCACCGGACCAUCAAAGAAUCGUUCAAGUACGCUCUAGUCUGGGGAUCCAGUGCAAAACAUGUUCCGCAGCGCGUCGGUCUGGGGCAUGUGGUCGAGGACGAGGAUGUGGUCAGCAUCGUUUCGGCAUUCAAGGCAUAG